CUCUUUCAGCGAGUUGAGAUGCGCGAGGUAAACAAACGGCGGAUACUUCCUGUCAUGUUCCCCGAGAGGCUCCUCGUGUGAAUGCCUCUUUUUUAAAAUAAGUUAGAUGUAUGUUGUGCACACACACACACACACACACACACACACACCCUUCUUUUUUUGAAGUCGUUGUCGGUUCUACGAAAACUCCGGAAUUUCACAACUCGUCGUGCUAACAGCUAGUUAAGCUAACGUAGCUAGCUAAAGAAGAAAAGGGGGCGACGUGCUCAUGGCUGCAGAGAGUUAGAAAUACAACGUUAGCUGGGCAUCCUCUACUGAAACAAAAGGCGGCAGCGAGCAGCAGACUCUUAUGUGAUGGAGAAUGAUGGAUAACCUUGCAUCCAACGAGAGCCACGCGCCCUGUCAGUCGUGGGGGGCCCAGAAUGGCUGGUCCAAUGCCUCGACUCCGGGACCCCUCCUCAACCCGCUUCCCGGCCCUCAGCACCUCGGCCUGGGCUCGUCUCCCGACCCGACGCCCUCCUACGACCACCUGCGCGAGUCCAACCAGAGCUGCAUGAGCGACGCGCGUCACGCGGCGCUGUACAAGGCCUCGCUCAUCACCGGGGGCCCUCCAUCCAACGCGCUGUUUGCCCCCGCCCCCGCCGCCCCCCCUCUCGGUUCCUCUCGUGCGAUGUCCUUCCCCCAGCAGGCCCCUCACGCUCCCGUGACCCUCUUCCACGCGACCCAACCUCCACAGCCCCGCGGGCCCCCGCUUCUACCGCUUUUCUCCCCCCACGACCCUUACAAAGCGCCGUUUCAACACGCGCUGUCCAAUCAGAGUUUGCCAAACGGACUCCUGCCGGUGGGCGUGGCGCCGUGUGGACGACGCGCGAGUGCGCCGCGAGCUGCUUUUGAUGGAAUGCAGGUGGAGUUUUCCGGCGUGGCUCCAAACGCUCACAGCCGCGCCUCGUCCACGCCUCAGGAGCAGAGUCAGUGGACGCCUUCGUCCCACUGCAGGGGUGCUGGAGAGAUAUCGAUCCCUGUCACAGCUCCUCAUCCUGAAAACCAGCUAUCGCAAGAGGGGAGGAUUAGUGCAGCGACCAACAACGAGAGACAACGUCAGGUGCUUUUACUUCAGCGUGCACAACUACUCCAACAAGUGGCAGAGCUGGAUAAACUUCUGGAAUCAAUACCCCCAGAGGAGAACGAGUCUCCACACGAAGCUCUUCAGUCUCCUCCGUCGAUGGAGGCUUCGUCUCAAGGGGAACAAUCUGAGGCCAGUGAUGCGCGGCAGCUUCCGCUGUCUGAGGGAAAGUCAAAGUCCGAACUUUCCUCUGGUUGUUCAUCUCCCGCCUCCCGUGAUGAACAAAGUGAAGCCUCCGACACGCCAGACGAUCAGAUGUCAGCAGUAGAAUCCAAGAAAGAAGAAAGUGAGUCGGCCCACGACAGCGACAGUGACUUCUCUGACUUCCUGUCUGACUCUGACUGGGGCUCUUCGGAUGAAUCCAGCCCCUCGGCCCCCGCAGCAGAGGAGCCUCCUCCGCCUGACCUGAAAGGAGGUGAAUCGGGGAGUUCUUUGGCUCAAGAAGAAAGCGUCAGUCCCCCAAAAAAGAUCCGGCCCACCAAUCCCAGGAAUUCCUUUGAAACGGUCGUGCUGCCGAGUUCGAGCUCUAAAUCGGGCCGCGUCUACGACAGGAGGAACUACUGCUUGUUUUGCAAGAAUCCCUUAUCCAAAAUGUCCCGACAUUUAGAGAAGAUCCACAGCGACAAGCCGGAGGUCGCCGCUGUGUUCCAGCACCCCAAAAAAUCCAGAGAAAGGAAUAAAAUCUGGAACCGACUCAUAAAUCAGGGAAACUUUGCCCACAACAAAGAGGUCUUGAAAACGGGGCGGGGCCAACUGGUCUCCCGAAAAAGGCCCAGCACGACUCAGAGGGCCCAGGACUUUCUCCACUGCCUGUACUGCCGAGGCCUCUUCAUGAAGAAAGCUCUGCACCGCCACGUGAAAUCCUGCCCGGAGAAGGAGGCCAACGACGCCUCCGACGAGCCGGAGCCGGGCCGGCGCCGCCUGGCUCUGCGCUGCGUGCUGGAGACCCUGGAGGACCUCGGGAUCAGCGACGGCUUCAAGGGCAUCAUCUCCACCAUGGUGUUCGACGACGUGACCCAGGGCAUCAUGGCGGACGGCGUCAUCCUGCAGUACGGCGAGGAGCUCUUCGCCCAGCAGGGCGCCGAUCCCAAGAAGCACCAGUGCAUCCGGCAGAACCUGCGACAGAUGGCGCGGCUGGUGCAGGAAGCGCGGCGGACCACCCCGCUGAGGAAGCUGGAGGACUUCUUCCUGCCGUCGGCGUUCCCGCACGUGGUGUCGGCGGUGAACGCGCUGGCGGGCUACGACCCGGAGAGGAAGACGUACGCCCUCCCGUCGCUCGCCAUCAAGCUCGGCCACAACCUCCAGAAGACCUGCGCCAUCGCGGAGGGCAACGCCGCCGGGCGCGGCGACGCCGCCGCGGCCGAGGCCGCCCGCAGCUUCCUGGCCGCGUACCGCGAGCGGUGGAACGCGCUGGUGUCGGGGGCCGCGCUGACGUCGCUGAGGGAGACCAAGCUGGCCAAGGACAAGAAGGUGCCGUUCGCCCGGGACGUGAAGCGGCUGAAUUCCCACAUGGAGGCGGCGCACCUCGUCGCCGAGAAGAACCUCCGGGAGGCGCCGACCGCGGAAAACUACGCCUCGCUGGCCAAGGUGACGCUCGCCCGCACGCUGCUCUUCAACCGGCGCAGCGUCUCGGAGGUGUCCUCGGUGGAGCUGUCGGCGUUCGAGUCGCGGGGGAAGUCCGGCGCGGCGGCGGACGACGACGGCGCCGCCCUCUCGGACCUGGAGAGGAACAUGUGCGAGUUCUUCGCCAGGGUCGACGUUCGGGGCAGCACCGGGAGGAUGGUGCCCGUCUUCCUGAAGCCGUCGUUCGUGGCGGCCAUGGAGCUCCUGGUGGCCGUGCGCAAGAAGUGCGGCGUCCUCAGGCAGAACCCCUACGUCUUCGGCCGGCCGCAGACCCUGUCGGCCUACAGCGCCGCCGAGUGCGUCCGCAGGUUCGUCAAGGGCUGCGGCGCCGAGGACCCGGAGGCGCUGACGACCGCCAAGAUCCGGAGGCACUACGGGCCGAUGCUGCAGCUGAUCAACCUGGACGAGGACGAGGCCGCGCAAAUCCUGGGCCCCAACAGUCGAGUCCAAAGCCGCCUGCGAGAGGACAGCGGCCCGCGGCCCGAUGCGGAGAUGGACUCUGAUGAUCUUUGCCCAAAAAAAGCCCCCAAAGCAACGACAGAGGGCAACGCGACUCCACUUCUGAAAUCAGACAAAGAAGGCUACAAAUACAGGGGCAAACAUAAAUGGGCGGAAGAAGAGGUUCUUGCUGUUGAAAGACACAUGAAGCGUUUAAUCGAGGCUCACAAGGUCCCCCAGAAGUUCGACUGCUUCCAGUGUCUCGAGGCCGAGCCAAAGGCCCUGAAGAUGCGCUCGUGGAAAGGCGUGAAGGACUACGUGAGAAACAGGAUCACCGCGCUGAAGAGGCAAGGGAGAACCCCCAAAGCCCCGUCCUGAAGCGGGACCAUGCCGCCUCAAGUGGAAACGCAGAAGAAGGGCUUCAGCGUUUUGUAGAAGGGACGUUUGGUCUUUGGUUUUUCCUUCUAGCAGCUUCACCUCCCCUUGUUCCUCCUUGCCUUUCCUUGGUCCAUUAGAACGCAGACAAUAGAUUAAGUGAUUAGUAAUAUCACUUUUAUUCCUGCAGAUUACAGUUCGGUUCGUUUCUAUAAUAACUGUACAGUUUUCACUGUAGUUUUGUUCCUUUGCCAAAGGACAAGUUAUCUGUCUAAUUCUCUAAUGGAUAAAAGUUCAUACGUUCUUUGCAAGUUGACUUCUGUUAUCAGGUAUGAUGCAUUUAGUUAUUCUUGUUGAUCUAAUGCAUUAUGUUUGACGUUCUAUCACAGCUUUACCAACAAUAAAGUACAGUUCGUCUGAGGAAAGCACAAGUUAACUCAAGUGGUGUUUCA